CCUGAAUCCCUCUUCAACCUUCUGCUUUCUGGAGGGGCACCUUCAACCAGGUCCGCGGUGCACUGGCAGCGGCUGUCUUAGUUGUAAAGAAUAACUGGAAAUAAGACUUUUAGACAGACACAAUGUCGUUCCUCACUGUCACCAGGCUAGCGCCCAAACUACUUAAUUCAAAGAAUGCCUCUUUCCUAUUUGUGGCUGCCAGAAAUGCCAGCGCAUCAACAACAAAUCUGAAGGAUGUCCUCUCAGACCUCAUUCCUAAAGAACAGACCAGGAUCAAGAACUUCAAACAACAGUAUGGGAAAACCAACAUAGGGCAGAUUACUGUAGACAUGGUCUAUGGGGGUAUGAGGGGAAUGAAGGGUCUGGUGUAUGAAACCUCUGUGUUGGAUCCUGAGGAGGGCAUCCGCUUCAGGGGCUACAGUAUUCCAGAGUGUCAGAAGCUGCUGCCUAAAGCUCCAGGAGGUGAGGAGCCACUGCCCGAGGGUCUUUUCUGGCUGCUGGUCACAGGACAGGUCCCAACCGAGGAGCAGGUGAACUGGGUGUCCAAAGAGUGGGCAAAGAGAGCAGCACUGCCCUCUCAUGUUGUCACCAUGUUGGAUAAUUUCCCGACAAAUCUGCACCCCAUGUCCCAGUUCAGCGCUGCCAUUACAGCUCUGAACAGUGAGAGCAGCUUUGCACGGGCCUACUCUGAGGGAGUCCACAAGUCCAAGUACUGGGAGUUUAUCUAUGAAGAUUCUAUGGACUUGAUUGCCAAGCUCCCCUGCAUUGCUGCCAAGAUCUACCGUAACCUGUACCGUGAAGGCAGCAGUAUCGGAGCUAUCGACUCCAACCUCGACUGGUCCCACAACUUCACCAACAUGCUGGGCUACAGUGAUCCUCAGUUCACUGAGCUUAUGAGGCUCUACCUCACUAUCCACAGUGAUCAUGAAGGAGGCAAUGUCAGUGCUCACACUAGCCACCUAGUGGGGAGUGCCCUGUCUGACCCCUACCUGUCCUUCAGCGCUGCCAUGAAUGGUUUGGCCGGUCCUCUCCAUGGCCUGGCCAAUCAGGAGGUACUGGUGUGGCUGACUGCUCUGCAGAAGGAGUUGGGAGGAGAGGUGUCUGAUGAGAGGAUGAGGGAUUAUAUCUGGAACACACUCAAGUCUGGAAGGGUGGUUCCAGGUUAUGGCCAUGCUGUCCUAAGGAAGACUGAUCCACGUUAUACCUGCCAGCGUGAGUUUGCCCUGAAGCAUCUGCCCAGUGACCCCAUGUUCAAGAUGGUUGCCCAGCUUUACAAGAUUGUACCCAAUGUGCUCCUGGAGCAGGGUAAGGCCAAGAACCCCUGGCCCAAUGUAGAUGCUCACAGUGGAGUGCUGCUGCAGUACUAUCAAAUGACUGAAAUGAACUACUACACUGUGCUCUUCGGUGUGUCCCGUGCUCUCGGCGUGCUGGCCCAGCUGGUGUGGAGUAGAGCCCUGGGCUUCCCCCUGGAGCGCCCGAAGUCCAUGAGCACAGAUGGACUGAUGUCUCUGGUUGGAGCAAAGUCAGGCUGAAGCACCAACCUGGAAGUAGCUGUGGGUUAGUGUUAAGGGUGGGAGGAGGUGGAAACAUCAAAAAGCAGACAUAAGUUGACCCCUUGUCAUUUCCAACCCCAGGGAUUUAGAGGAUUCAAAGAGACAGUAUGCGUUUAAUGCCAUUUCACAAAAAAAGGGCCUUUUUAAAUUGUCAUAGCAUUAGUCUUCAAGUGUGUUUAGUUAAUCACUGACAGGCUUUCCAAUCAUGUCUCUCUAUCUAAAACAUGAGCAGAACAAACUUUAUAUAUGGCCACGGUAGGCUCAAACUACCUACCACUUUUAGGUCUGCUAGCAUUGCUAAGAUUUCCCCUGAGCGGUGCUUCUCAUUGGACACUGGGUCUAAACUAAGAAUAGGUAGUGGCAUUCAAAGGGAAUUGUGCAUUUCCUUUGUAUUUAAGCUUCUACGUUUAAAAAUCUGACUAAAUCUUUUUGGCCAAUACAGUGAUGUGUUGUAGAGGAUACUUCCAAGCAAAAUACAGUUUUGUCACACAGCUCUAAUUUUAUUUUUUCGUCUAUGCAAAGUUGUCAUCCCACCCAGUUGAUCGAUGCGUUUCACUCCCACUUAUGAACACUCCAGUGUAACGGGAAAAAAAGGUCCUCACUAGUAAAAAUCCUAGAAAGCCGUUUAAGAAAAAAUAUUUGUUUAAAGACACUGCCCCUUUAAAUCUCUGGUCUCUUUUUUUUUUUUCUCUCUCUCUCUAACUUGUAGUUUUUUCUUUUUUCUAGAUGACCUGUAAUACCUCUAUGAUCAAAAUAACAGUCUUUAUUAAAAUUUGUUUCCUUGAUCUUAUUUUCCUCAAAAUAAUUUCCUAUUUUUUUAAUGGGUUUCUUAUAUUACGAAUCGCUGAGAAUCAGGACUAAUGAAGGUAAUUGAUACAGAUUUGAGCAAAGGGUGUUGUAACUGGCAACCUGUAGGGAAUCCUUAAGAGCAAGCUUGAAUAAAAACAGGAUGGGAGGGGGGGGCUUUGUAGAGUUUUGUUUUGUUUUUAAGUCUUCUUUUAUUUGACUGUAUGUUCAUGUCUUUAUCCCAGCAGUAGAGCACUUCAAAUAACAAUUGUAAAGUUAUGAUGUAUUUGAUUGGAUUUCCUAAAUUGUAACAGUAGAAAAUCUCCCCCCUUUUUUUCUUUUGGUGUUAAAUGAUGUAUGAAAAUAUAUUUGGGUUUGAAUUUUGUUGUUGUGGUUUUAUUUAUACUCUGUGUACAUAGGUAUAUAUAUGUAUAGCAUUAAUGUAUGAGCUGUAAGCAUUCACUUGCUGCUUAUAACCACAAUGAGCACCACAGUUUACCAGCAGUGUAGUCGUGCCCACUAUAUGUCCAGUUUCGCUGGUCACUGUGAAUUUCUGACAAUGAACAAAAAAAAAAACAACUGCAGCUAUCUUCUGUAUAUAGAGUUUAUUCCCAAGCUCUGUUUCCUCAGCUGGUGCUGUAUUUCAGGUAUUUCACUUGAAUGUGUCAAGCUUGCUCUUAAGUUCUGGGUUUCUCAACACUCCAUUUUUGUCUAGUUAGAGUUCUUGCGUAUUUCCUCCUAAGAAUACUCUUUAACGUGUUCGCUCCGAUACUUGAUUCUCUCUGCUCUGCUCUUCUGGCUUUUUCGGGCACGUGUUUUGUGUUUUAUUGUAGCGUUCUUCCAUUUGGCAGGUUGUUCAACAGAUGUGGUUAUUUUGAUCGUAGAGGAGCUUAAGGGUUGUAACUGGGGGGAAUCAUUAGAGAAACACUUGGGGGCGGGGGGACAGGGCUGGAUGGGUCAAAUGGGCAAGAAAAGCUUGAAACAACUAUUGGAAAACCUUAGAAAUAAAUGAAAAAUAAAGGUUUUUAUUAACACUU